AUGAAUCAAAAAAAUAAAAAAAAUAAUUCAAAUGUCAAUGACUUAGUUGAUGCUACAAAAAAAAUUAACUUAAAUAAUCAAGAAAAAACAAAGGAAGAAAUUUUAGCUGAAAGAAAGGCAAAAAAAGCUGCAGCUAAAGUUAAAAAAGCAAAUGCAACAACUUCAAAAAAUGAUGAUAGUAAACAAAAUAAAAAAGUAUCAAAAGAUGGUGGUUCUUUGAAAAAAGAAGGUUCAGAAAAAUUGACAGUUUCUGAUACAUCUAGUGGAAAAAAUCAGACUGAAACUUUCUUUGGGACUGCUAAAGUUAAAAGGACACGUUUCAAUCUUGAUAAUUCAGAUGAGGUAGUUCAACCUAAGGUAACAUCAAUUCCACAAAUAGGUGUUUCAAAAGUAAAUCCACCUUUCUUAACAUUUUUUUCUAAAUGUGAUAAUGGAUCAAUAUGUGGAAUAGAUGCUAUCUGUGAAGAAUUUAUAUAUGCUUUUCAAGAAUUUUUAGAACAAUUUCAACCAGAAGAUUCUGAGAAGUCAUUUGCCUUGAAUUUGAAUGCAGCCAUCCAACCAAAUUUAUCAUAUUUAACUGAAAAUAGUAAAUAUCCAUUUCCAUAUGCUUUGGGUAAUAUAAUUAGACAAUUAAAAAGAGAAAUAAUGAAUCUUGAUUCUAAUAUUUCUACAAAUGAGGCAAAAGAAACUUUGAAUAGUAUAUUAAAUGGAUAUAUUGAUUCAUGUUUUGUUUCUGCUGAUGAAGCAAUUAUUAAAAAUACUGAAACAAAAUUAAAAAAUCUUCCAAAAAUUUUAAUUUAUGGAUCAUGUCCAUUAGUUGAAAAAAUAAUUUUAAAAAGUAAAUUACGUAAUAAAAAUCUUGAAAUUACAAUUGUUGAAAGUCCUGUUGAAAGAAAUGGAUUAUCUUUUGCUAAAAAAUUAUCAAAGAUGGGUAUUGAAUGUACAUAUACAACUUUAAAUUGUGUUGGAAAUGUUAUGAAAAAUGUUGAUAUUGUUUUGUUAGGUUGUUCUGCUAUUUUAAGUAAUGGUUAUGCUGUAUCACAGCGUGGUAGUAGUGUUGUUGCUUUAGUGGCUCAAUCAUUUAAUGUUCCCGUUCUUAUUGCUGCUAAAACAUAUAAAUUUGUUGAUAUGGUUAAAACUUUUGAGAAGAAUGUAAAAGAAAAAAUGGCUUUAACUUCACAACCAUUAGAGGCUAUACCUGAUGACUUAAUUACUGCUUUGGUAACUGAAAUGAGAAUUGUACCACCAAGUUCAGCACCUGCUGUACUUAAAGCUAAACAAUUGGCAAAUGAACAAUAA